GGGCUGCCCAGCCAAGAUGGCGGCGGCGGUGGUGGAGGAGGAGCAGGACUGAGGACAGGGCGCCCCCUCCAGGAAAAGGCGCAGCGCUGCCCUUAGAUUCCACAGUUAGUGAUGGCUUGAACCAAACCCCUCUCUCAUUUCGAGGGUGAAACGUACCACCUCAAACUCCGAGGAAACUAUGUAAGGAACUGUUCCUCCGUUUCACAAAUGGGGAACCGGAGGCACACUGAAGUGACUCAUCCAAGGUUUUGGACAGAGUAUGGGUUGUACCUCUUUAAACUCAUCGUUAAGGAUUCCCAGGAGACUUUUACAAAUCGCCUUUAGUUUUCUGUGGGGCUCAUCUUUGUGGUGCUUCUAAAAGAAAAAAACAGCCAGAAAACGUCAGACGAUGGCUCUCAGGCGCUCCGGGCGCCUCCACCUUUCCUCUCCCGACGGGCUGCUCCGUACCCGAUCGCCCCCCGGCCAAGCAGCUAGAGGGACGUAGGGACCGAGUCCGACGAUGGAGUUGGAGCGUCCCAAAACCCGGGCGCGGAAUUAAGGCCCCCCCGCCACCCCCGCCGAAGGAUCCGGAGCUCGAUCCCGCUCCCCCGUCGCCGCCGCCGCCGCCUCCUCCUCCACCGCCGCCGCCGCCUCCGCAAAAUGGCAAGUAGACGAAAGUCAACUCCCCCUUGCAUGGUCCUUGCCAGCCAAGAGGUGGCCAGCGUAGAAACGGUAGCCGAAUCUGACGAAGGUCCCCCUCUACUUGCCCCCGCAGAGACCAGCCCCGCGGUGAGCCCGGCCAGCGCGGAAGACGCCCGGGGCCGGGCGGCCGACGGGCCGACCAAGAGGGUGGAAGGCGGCUACGAGUGCAAAUACUGCACCUUCCAGACGCCCGACCUGAACCUGUUCACCUUCCACGUGGAUUCGGAGCACCCCAACGUCGUGCUGAACUCCUCCUACGUCUGCACGGAGUGCAACUUCCUCACCAAGCGCUACGACGCCCUCUCGGACCACAACCUGAAGCACCACCCGGGCGAGGAGAACUUCAAGCUGAUCAUGGUGAAGGGCAACAACCAGACGAUCUUCGAGCAGACCGUCAACGACCUGACCUUCGACGGCAGCUUCGUGAGGGAGGAGGCGGAGGCGGCCCGGGCCGAGCCCCCGGAGCCCCCGUCCCCGCCGGGCAUCUCCAUCAGCAAGACCCCCAUCAUGAAGAUGAUGAGGACCAGGGCGGAGACGAAGCGGAUCGCCGUCUUCCACAGCCCGGCCGGAGAGGCCGGCGAGGAGAGGGAGCCGGAGGCGGACCGGAGCCCGGCCUCGUCGGACUCCAGCUCGGCCCCGGGCGGCGCCCCGCCGGACCCCGCGGCCCCGGUCCUCCGGCCCGGGUUCGCCCAGGUGAUAGCCACCGUCUCCGCCCCGCAGAACCCCGGCCUGCUCCCCAAAGUCCUCAUCCCCGUCAACAGCAUCCCGGCGUACAACGCCUCCCUGGACGCCAACCCCCUGCUGCUGAGCACGUACAACCGGUUCCCCUACCCGACCGGGUCGGAGAUCACGGUCCUGUCGGCCCAGGCGAGGCACACGGAGGAGCAGAUCAAGAUCUGGUUCUCGGCCCAGCGGCUGAAGCACGGCGUCAGCUGGACCCCCGAGGAGGUGGAGGAGGCCCGGCAGAAGCAGUUCAACGGCGCGGUGCACACCGUGCCCCAGACCAUCACGGUCAUCCCCGCCCACCUGUCCCCGGCGGGCAACGGCCUGCCCUCCAUCCUGCAGACCUGCCAGAUCGUCGGCCAGCCGGGCCUGGUCCUCACCCAGGUGGCCGGGGCCGCCCCCAUCGCCCUGACGGUGGCCGGGGUCCCCACCCAGCCUCACGCGCAGAAGAGCCGGGCCCGCGCCACCCCGCCGCCCCCGCCGCCGGGCGACGGCCAGCCCGCCGCCGCCCCGGCCCCCCAGCCCCGGGACCCCAGGCCCGAGGCGGCGGUGCCCCCCGACGCGGCGGGCGUCCGGGCCAAGAAGACGAAAGAGCAGCUGGCGGAGCUUAAGGUCAGCUACCUGCGGGGCCAGUUCCCGCCCGACACGGAGAUCGCCCGGCUCAUGGGCGUCACCGGCCUGACCAAAGGGGAGAUCAAGAAGUGGUUCAGCGACACCAGGUACAACCAGCGGAACGCCAAGGGCCAUCAGGGCGGCCCCCCCCGGCGGGGGGGCGACCCCCCUGGCGCCGCCGCCAUCGUCAUCGACUCCGGUGACGAGACGGCCGAGCCGCCGCCUACCGGCGGGGGCCCGCACCCCCUCCCCGACUUGCCGCCGCCACCGAAGGCCCGGGAGAGGUUGGCGGGGGCCCCCAGGUCCGGCCCCGUCCCGUCCGACGGAGAACCCGACGGGCCGGGGGCCCAGGCCGGGCACCCCCACCGGGACGCGGACGCCUGGUUCGCCCCGAGGAGGAGACCGGGGGCCUCCGGACGGGAGGACCGGGAAGAGGAGGAGGAGGAGGAGGAGGAGGACGACGACGAGGCCGGGGGAGAAGAGGCGGCCCCCGGGGAGGAGCCGGGCGGGCCCAGGUGGAGCGCGGCCAACAAGGCGGGCAAAAAGUCCCCCGAGCAGCUGCACCUCCUGAAGAGCGCCUUCGUGCGGACCCAGUGGCCCUCGGCGGAAGAGUACGACGGGCUGGCCCGGGAGAGCGGGCUGGCCCGCACGGACAUCGUCAGCUGGUUCGGGGACACCCGCUACGCCUGGAAGAACGGCAACCUCAAGUGGUACUACCACUACCACCACCACCACCACCACCACCACCGGCCGCACCACGGCCCCGGUCCCGACAGGCCCAACGGCCAGGCCCCGGCCAGGAGGAGGGGCCGCGGGAGGCCCAAGGGCAGGGGCCGGGGCAGGCCGCGGGGGCGGCCGCGGGGGGGGCGGAGGCGGCCCCCCGGCGGCGGCGGCGGCUGGGACCGGGGGUCUUCGCUCCUCAGGUUCAAGACCGGCCCGGCGGUCCUGCGGGACUACUACGUGAAGCGCGGCUUCCUCAACGAGCAGGACCUGGACGAGCUGGUGGCACGCUCCCACAUGGGCUACGGCCAGGUGCGGGACUGGUUCGCCGAGCGGCAGCGCCGGGCCGAGGCGGGGCUGGCGCUCUUCGAGGGGGACGGCGCCGGGGAGCGGCCCGCCGGCGACCGGGGCGAGGAGGAGGAGCGGGACGAGGAGGAGGACGAGGAGGAGGACGAGGAGGAGGAGACGGACGACAGCGACACGUGGGAGCCCCCCCGGCACGUUCGGAGGAAGCUCUCCAAGGCGGGCGAUUGACAGCUGUCCAACAGGGCGAAGGGCAAGCCAUUCUCGAGAACCUCAAGGAGACGGACCGCGAACAGGCCAAUUCUCACGUGAUGCCGUGAACAUUUUUGGACCGACACAAACGCACUUCGCUCUCUCUCGCAGCGAAGGAUGGAACACUCGAAUGGAGCGGAAUUUAAUGUUGUGCCAAAGUUUAAAAACAAAAAACCCCACAAAAACUACUGCAGCAGGCGAAACUUGCGCACUGUAAAUAAAAACCCCCGACGAAAAGACAACUUGUAAAAAAAAAAAAAUGCAGAUUUUAAUACAGUACAUUUUUAUUAUGAUACGUAACGUAUUUCUUAGGCCUUUUCAAGGGGAUUCAGUGACCACUAGAUUUUAAUCCUCUUAUAUUUUAUCCCGCUUAAUACUGUACGUUCUAGUAAAAGAUGGGGUUCACUAUCUGUGGUCUUUGAUAUGUGAUUAAGCUUAUAGCUUUGAGUGACCAAACAUUUUACAGAGUAAAAGUUCUUAGAAGCGGUAAAGAAGAAACAGAAAAAAAACCCAAAAACCAAAAAAAAAAAAGCCCCGCAGGAAACGAUUGAUCUCCGUAUCUUAUUUAUCGGGCUCUGCACUAACGUUGAAAAUAGUGCAUGUGUUUGUACGGCUUGUGCCUACGGGAAAAUGCAACCCUUCUCACUCCGCACACAGUAAGCGCUUAGUAAAUACGAUUGAAUGAAUGAAAUUGCACUUCCCCACCGUCCGUACGGCCGUCGUCGUUCCCGGCUCUUUCAAGGCGAAGACACAAACGAAUGCUACGGUUGAUAGGAUUUAUAUUACCGCUUUUAGUUGAUGCCAGCCCGCUUCCUACUAAACCGUAAGACGUUUUUGUACCGAAGAAAAGAAGCCGGAACAAUAGCGGACAGAGAAGGACGCUUACGAUAGACUUCAUACCAAAAAAUGUGAAAAAGAAGCGUGUAAUCGACAUCUGCUUCGGAGCAUUCUUUUACAAUCAGUUGAGAGCCAGAACAUGUCGGGUUAGGUCGUGUUUAGGCGUUCUCAUUUUUCAAGAAUUAGCCCUCGGUAGGAUUAGCUAACUGACCCAAAGCCAAUUAAAAGUUAGCUUUUCACUUAGAGAUGAUUUAACUGUUGACUAUUAACCUUUUGCCCUGUCAGGAGACUGAAUGUUCAUACUAACUUAUUUGUAAAGACUGGUGCUGUUCAUUGUCUUGAGGGAUAUUUGCUUCUCGUGACUACAAGGACCAUUAAAAAAAAACCAUUGCUUUCUUCAUGAAGUAAAAGUUGAAUCGAGUGGUGAAUUUCAAAAUACUCGUCUGAAUGACCAGGUCUAAUGGGUGUAACCAGUUCAGUGCGAUACGAUUUCAUGGGAGAGAAAUCUUAAGCUCUUCGCUUAUGCCUAAAACGCCUCUUGAAUGAAUGAAAAGGUUAUGGUGCAUGCUGCUUUCAAUUUUUAGAUAAAUCGUUUAUCUUAUUUUAUUUUUAACUACUGUUAGUAAUUCCAAAAUAUUGCUAUUCAGUUGAUCUUUUCACUACAGACAAGCUGGCUUUGUGGGUGGCUUUUUUUCAUACUACUGUCAACUUUUUUUUUAAUGAUACAAAGUAUGCAGCCAUUUAAUGAAUUGCUCUUUUCCUUUUCACUUUUUUUACAACUCUACAGGACAAGCUAUAUUGUAAUGAUUAAAGUGCUCCUUUUUGAAUCAUCGCCCGACGUGGUCUGAAAACUAUUUUGACAGCAGGUUUUAAACCGUUUCAGUUGUUAAAAUGAUUUGUUCCGCCUCCAACAUGGUAAUUUGAAGCCUUUGAAUAUAUUUAUAUUGUUUCCAUUUCAAUAACGUUAACCAUACGUAGUUGUAAAUAGUUAUUACUAGAACUUUUUUCAUCCCUCCCCAUUUUUCGUCUCAGUACUUAAUGCCGCUCUGGUGUUUGCUAGCUUUUUAAAUUAUUUAUUACAGGGCAGGGCGGGGGUGGAGGGGGGAGACAACUGCCUCUCCGAAUUGAUUUUUGUCUUUGAAUACAUAAUAAAGGUCUGUAUUCAGUA